AAUGUCUGGACGCGAAGGUGGCAAGAAGAAGCCUCUUAAGGCCCCAAAAAAGGAAUCAAAAGAGCUAGAUGACGAUGAAUUGGCAUUCAAGCAAAAGCAAAAGGAACAACAGAAGGCACUUGCGGAGGCAGCAAAGAAAGCAGGCCAAAAAGGACCACUUGUCACGGGUGGCAUAAAAAAGUCUGGAAAGAAAUGAUCCUUGUACUUUAAAUUAUUAAUUAUUAUUAAAAACAUCUCUUCUACUGCCACACAUGUCCUAGUUUUCACUUGCUCUUCAACAUCUAUUAAAUAUAAUUAAAAUUAACUAUAUUUAUACCUAAGAAUAAUUACAUUUGUAAGUAAUAAAAGUACCGUAUACCUUUUUUUAAAACAUUUUCUAUCUCUUUUUUGUCCAUUAUUAAUAAUGAUUGUUAUUAAUACUAUAGCAUUAAUAUAUUGACUGAUUGUAUUUAAAACAAGUAUACAUAUACAUGAUAUAUACAGUUGUUCAAAAAACUUACUGAAAUAAAAUUCAAUAUAAGAAAAAUUUGAAGUUUGCAAAUUGAUAUUCAGUGCUGCCACACACGGUUCCAUUCAGGAAGCCUGUUCACAGCACGGUAAGGCUAAGGUAAUGUUUACUUGGUGAGUUAAUCUUUGAGCAAAGCUUUUGGAGAACUUGAAAAUAAAAACUUUUUCCAAUAUGAAUACCAUUUCAAGGUGGAGCACAAUGGUUAGGCCCUUUAUAGCUCUUCAGAGAUUUUCCACAACUUGCCCAGUAAGCAGCAAAGACCAAUAUGAUCUAAAUCAUCCAGAAGGUCGAGAACCAAGUAUACCCCUCUAUACGGAAAGGGAAGGAGAAAAUGUUAGCGUGAAAAAAGCACGAUUACUAUACCAGUCGCGAAAACGCGGUAUGCUUGAAAAUGGACUUCUUUUGAGUACUUUUGCCAAAAAAUACUUGGAUCACUUUAAUGAAGAACAACUAAAGCAGUAUGACCGUCUGAUAAACCUACCAUCAAAUGAUUGGGACAUAUUUUAUUGGGCUGCAGAAGUCAAACCAGUUCCACCUGAAUUCGAAAACGAGGUGAUGGACUUACUCAAAAAACACAUAAAAAACGAACAUAGGGAAGCCCGCAUCACGCAACCAGACUUGUAUUAAAUAAGUUAAAUUAUUUGUAGUAUAUUGUAAGGUGUUACAUUAAGUAUGAAAGUACUUAUAUUAAAUACUAAUAGUAUUUAUUUUUUAUAUUAUCAAAAUUCUUAAUAAAAUUUAUUCACCUUUAUAAAAGUAUAAAA